UGCCUUGCAAGCAGUGAAGCCCAGAAGAAGAAGGGAGAGAAAGAGACAGAAAGAAAGUAAGAAGGAAGGAAGGAAAGCAGGAGAGAGAGAGAGAGAGAGGCGGGAGGAGGCGGGGAGCGAGCGGGGAUGUGAAGCGGAAAGGAAGGAAGGCAGGCAGGCAGGCAAGCAGGAAGGGCCCCUCUCUCUUCCCUCCUCCGUCCGCGAUGCCCGAGCAGCUCAGCCUGGCCGAGUUCGUGGCGCUGGCGGCGGAGGAGGACCCAGGCUCCGGCUUCCCGGCCAAGAUGACCAAGUGCCGCACCGGCGCCGCCGCCCUCGACCAGAGUUUGGAUGGAGACCAAGCCAUUCUCCAGCGGAUCAGGAAAUAUGUGAAAGCAAUCCACGCUUCUGGACUCACGCAUGUGGAAAAUGAAGAACAAUACAGUGAAAUGCUGGAGAACUUAGGAAACAACCACCUUUCUCAGAACAAUCACGAGCUUUCCACGGGCUUCCUCAAUCUAGCCGUCUUCACAAGGGAAGUGACCGCACUUUUCAAAAACCUGGUGCAGAAUCUGAACAAUAUUGUCUCCUUUCCUCUGGACAGCCUGCUGAAGGGGCAGCUUAAAGAUGGUCGAUCGGAAUCCAAGAAACAGAUUGAAAAAGCCUGGAAGGAUUAUGAGACCAAAGUAGCAAAGCUGGAGAAGGAGAAGGAGAGAACCAAGAUAUCGAAUGUCAUUCAGAACGAGCUAUCGGCUGCAGAAAUGGCUGAGGACCUACAGAAAGAGCGCCGCACUUUUCAGCUUCAAAUGUGUGAGUACCUUCUGAAAGCAAAUGAAAGCCAAAUGAAGCAAGGUCCAGAUUUUCUGCAGAGCCUUAUCAAGUUUUAUCAUGCACAACACAAUUUUUUCCAAGAUGGCUGGAAGGCAUCUCAGAACCUAUACCCUUUCAUCGAGAAGCUAGCCACGUCUUUACAUGCCCUCCGCCAGGCUAAGGAAGAAGAGGUCAAGCAGCUCACACAGAUCCGCGAUUCCCUCCGAGGCAUUUUGCAGAUGGAGAACAAGGGGGAGAAUCUCAACAGGAAGAACUCUGGGAGUGGUUAUAGUAUCCAUCAGCACCAAGGCAACAAGCAGUAUGGGACCGAGAAGUCGGGCUUUCUGUACAAGAAAAGCGAUGGGAUUAGGAAAGUAUGGCAGAAGAGGAAGUGUGGUGUGAAGUAUGGCUACCUCACCAUCUCGCACAGCACAAUAAACCGGCCUCCUGUAAAGUUAAAUUUGCUGACCUGCCAAGUGAGACCCCAUUCAGAGGAUAAGAAGUCCUUUGACCUUGUGACACACAGCCGGACUUAUCACUUCCAAGCAGAAGAUGAACAAGAAUGCGUUGUAUGGGUGUCUGUGCUUCAGAACAGCAAGGAUGAAGCUCUUAGCAAUGCUUUCAAGGGGGAUCCAGGAAGCUGCAUGUCUACAGCUGCUGGUAUGGCUGACAGUGGGCUGCAGGAAUUAACCAAGCUGAUCAUCACUGAGGUGAAGAACAUGCCAGGGAACAGGCACUGCUGUGACUGUGGAGCUCCAGAUCCCACAUGGCUAUCGACUAAUCUUGGCAUUUUGACAUGCAUCGAGUGCUCAGGGAUUCACCGUGAAUUGGGGGUGCAUUAUUCUCGCAUCCAGUCACUGACGCUGGAUGUUCUCAGCACUUCUGAACUCCUGCUGGCAGUCAGCAUUGGAAAUGCCAAGUUUAAUGACAUCAUGGAGGCCACUUUGCCAGCACAAGGCAGCCUGAAGCCCUCCUCAACCAGCGACAUGGUUGCACGGAAGGAAUUCAUCAUGGCUAAGUACAUGGAGCGCAAGUAUGUUCACAAGUCCACCAAGGAUGAACCAUACCGCGUUUGGGAAGCCGUCAGAAGCAGAGAUCUUUUGGCAACGCUUCAGGCCUUUGCAGAGGGCCAUGACCUGUCCAAGCCUUUAGCAAGCCCUGAUGGCCAGGAACAAGGUGAACGGGCUCUGCACCUGGCUGUGCGCUGUGCCAACAGGUCGUCCCUCCCACUUGUGGACUUCAUUAUUCAGAAUGGGGGAAACCUGGACAGUCCUGCACCAGAUGGAAACACUGCGCUACAUUAUGGAGCCCAGUACAAUCAGACCAACUGCAUCAAACUGUUGCUGAAGGGGAAAGCCUCCACAAGUGCAGUUAAUGCAGCUGGUGAAACACCAUUGGACGUGGCAAAAAAGUACAAGCAUAUUGAGUGUGAAGACCUGCUGGAGCAAGCGCAGAUGGGGCGGAUGGCUGCCCAGAUCCACGUAGACUACGACUGGGAAGCUCCUCAAGAGUUUUCUUAUGACAGCGAAGACGAGCUGGAUGAGAAGGUGAGUCCUCUUCAGCGAUCUUUUGGAUCCUCGCCUUCUCCAACCAUGGACCAGCCUGCCCUCUUUCCUCCAAACAGAUGGAGCUGUGCAGGCAUGGACAUCAGCAACAAGACCUACGAAAGUGUUUUGGUCCCUUCGCGGCCUGGCAUGCGCAGCACAAACAGCGAGGAGACCCCUCCACCACUGCCCAUCAAAAACCCCAUCAGAGGAAGUUCUAUGACAAAGCCAGAUGUUCCCGACUCCCUAACCCAGUCUCCAGACGCCACUGACGUUUGGCACUCGCCCACUUCUGUUGCUCCCGGCUCAGUGGACAAUUCAACACCCAGGCAGCUGUCCAGCUUCCGUAACUCAGUGGAAGUCAAAGGCACGGCCUAUUGGGAAACCUGCUGCGAGAUGGAGGGCAGGGCGCAACGGAGGCGGUCAGAGCCCACGCAGACAACAACGCCUCCACUUCCACCUUCUCCAGGCACCUCUCCAGAACAAGGGCCAGCAACGCCCGUCAGGUUCAGUUCAGAGAGCACCCGGUCCUACCGGAGGAUCAGCGGUGGCUCUGUGGGCAAGUCUGGGGCGCCGCUUUCUCCACAGACGUCCAGUUGUCCAGAAGACUUGCUGCACAGCAAGGCUCCACCCCUGGUGCAGAACCUUCCACCAGUGCCAAUGCCCAGAAGGUUUGCUCCGGCCAAAGGACGGCCAAAGAGAGUCAUGGCUUUGACUGACUGCAGAGGAGACAGAGCCCGGGAGUUGACUUUUUCUAAGGGAGAGGUGAUUGUGGUGACGCGAGAAGAAGAUGAGCAAACUUGGAUCGGCUUCAUUGAAGGUGAUGGCACAAGAACAGGUUCUUUUCCCUCCAGCUUUGUCCAUCCUUUGCAGGACUGAUGAAGGGACCUCAAAUAUAUCUAUUCUUCAGCUGAAGAGAUGAAUCAUAGAAUCCUAGAGUUGGAAGAGACCACACCUGCCAUCCAGUCUAACCCCCUUCUGCCAUGCAGGAAAAGCACAAUUAAAGUACCCCUGACAGAUGGCCAUUCAGCCUCUGCCUAAAAGUCUCCAAGGAAGGAGCUCCGAGGCAGAGAGUUUCGCUGUUGAACAGUUCUUACAGUCAGCAAGUUCUUCCUAAUAUUCAAUGCAAUCUCCUUUCCUGGAAUUUGAACCCAUGGCUCCAUUGAGUCCUAGUACAGGGCAGCAGAAAACAAGCCUGCACCCUCUUCCUUAGGACAUCCUUCCAGAUAAUUUAUACAUGGCUCUCGUGUCUCCUCUCAACUUUCUCUUCUGCAGGCUAAACAUGCCCAGCUCUUUACACCACUCCUCAGAGGGAUUAUUAAUGGUCUUCAGACUUUGAACCAGUCCUGAUCUGAUUUCUGAAUGUACAAACACUAGCACACAGUUUUGCUAGAUUUCCUCUUGAGCCUGUUAGCCAUCAAAUGUCAUCUGAUGAAUCAGCUCAAUUAUGAUGUCUCUAUGAUGAAUGCACAUGGGAGAUUUUUGACUUUCAGUACUCUUUCUGAUGGACCAAGAAGGAUCAUGGAUGAUCGCAAGGAUGGAAUGUUCAUCUCUGUCAUAGGAGUAGACUUGCUUUGAUCUCUGCUGUUCUCAUUUAUGUCGUUUGCAAAAGAGCAGAAUGGACUCUUUUCCAGCAAGAAGCACAUACGUCACAUCAUGCGUCAGACACCUGGCUCAAACGGUGGUUGUAUUCUGGCAACUACAGAAUGCAUCUGGGUCCCUAACGUGUGAUUUGAUUUCAGGCAAUGUAUUGUCGAAGGCUUUCAUGGCUGGAAUCACUGGGUUGUUGUAGGUUUUUCCGGGCUAUAUGGCCAUGUUCUAGAGGCAUUUUCUCCUGACGUUUCGCCUUUUCCCACCCUGGUCAUUCCACAGAUAUAUAAACCCUUUUUUCCUAGUUCCAACAGACCUCACUACCUCUGAGGAUGCUUGCCAUAGAUGCAGGCGAAACGUCAGGAGAGAAUGCCUCUCGAACAUGGCCAUAUAGCCCGGAAAAACCGACAACAACCCAGUGAUUUCAGGCAACUUCAGUUUGCAUUAUGGCGAUAACAUCCAUAAGGAAUGGGUCUGCUUUAGGAAAAAUAAAUAAAUUGGGCAGGAAUACGUGGGAAGCUUUGACAUAGUUUCUCAACAGAGCAGAAUGACUAUAUAUCCUCUUUGAACCCAUUUUCUUUAUUGUUAUUCACCCAGGGCAGAGCAAAAGGUCUUCCCUUCAAGGAACCCUAUCUUCCUCUGUUCAUUCCAAUGUAAAUCUUCAUACCUACUAUGUAAUGCCUCUAAAAUGCAGAACUUUCUGGGAAUUUUCUGUUGGUCUCUUUAGACCAGGCAUGGACCAACUUUGGCCCUCCCUCCGGGUAUUUUGGACUCCAACUCCCACAAUUCCUAACAGCCUACAGCUCACUUUCCCAGUUUGCCAUUGAUGCCUUUGCCAUGAGCAGUUAUCUCCCUUUCGUGUUCUCUGUUGUUGCUGACUCUAUUUCAAACCUUGACUCUGCAAAAUGCAAAUCGUAUGCACGUUUGAAAUGGUCAUCACAAAUCGAGGCCACUUUUAAGGCCCCUCGUUACUUCCCCUUUGUUUAGACUUGGUUGUCCAAAUAUGUUGCUGUUGCUUUAGUUGCAUGGAAAUUCACACCCAUUACCUAUUUAUGUCUUUCAAAUGUACAACUCCUUAUGCCAUUUUCCCAAUACGGUAUGCACACUUUGUCAUUGAUCGAGCCAUGUUCGUGUGAUUUAGAGCUGUACUUUUUCAACUGUGCGUAUGCAGUUUUAACUGCUGAGAGUUUUUUUUAAAAAAGUGUGAAUGGUUUCAUGUACACAGAGCACACUGUGGACUUUGGGGAAAAUGUUAUGUUUUGGAGGCAGCGUUUGUUUUGUCUUGCAUUUGUGCUUGAGGAAGUACAAAAUCAGUCCUUUUGCCCAAAAUCAAUUUUUAACAGUAACUUCAGUUGGUUGAUCUGAUAGAGUAAUUGAUUUAAACAUUUUCAAAAACUGCCCUAAACUAACUCUAGAUUUUAUAAAUACCUUUUUAAAAGCUUUCGUUUUAAUAUACACACUUAAACUGCAUGCAGGUGGCAGGCACUCCCUCCUGUGUGAGAGAGGAGAACAAUCUAAGGCCUUUUCUACACUGCUAUAUAAUCCAGAUUAUCAAAUCAGAUAAUCCACACCAUGUUUGUUAUGCAUAACUUUUCAAUAACUUAAAAACAUAGGUUCUCUUUGUUGCAAUUUUCUAGUAAGAGAAAGGAUAUCAGAACUUUCACAGAACAACAUUUAGACAUACAGAUAUACAGAUUCUAUGUAACUACAUUGAAUCCACAAUCUACUUUGUGAUAUGGCCUGAGGGAUAAUCAAUAAGGGUUGUUGUAGGUUUUUUCGGGCUAUAUGGCCAUGUUCUGGAGGCAAUUUUUCUCCUGACGUUUCGCCUGCAUCUAUGGCAAGCAUCCUCAGAGGUAGUGAGGUCUGUUGGAAGUAGGAAAAAUGUGUUUAUAUAUCUGUGGAAUGACCAGGGUGAGACAAAGGACUCUUGUCUGCUGGAGCUAGGUGUGAAUGUUUCAACUGACCACCUUGAUUAGCAUUUGAUGGCCUGGCAGUGCCUGGGGCAAACUUUUGUUGAGAGGUGAUUAGAUGUCCCAGAUUGUUUCCUCUCUGUUGUUUUGCUGUUGUAAUUUUAGAGUUUUUUAAUACUGGUAGCCAGAUUUUGUUCAUUUUCAUGGUUUCCUCCUUUCUGUUGAAAUUGUCC